GCAGUAUAUAGGUUUUUUUACAAUUUGUGAUUUUUCAUAUAUCUAUGACACAGUAACUCAGGAGCACGAUUUAAUCUAAGCCCGUAAGCCGUGCUUAGCAGUCAUCUAAAUUAAUGCGGAGGUAUUUCAUUUAUUCAGUGUUAUAUGCCUCUAAUCACUCACAUCCAUAACUUAUAAGCAUGGUCUUAGAAUAAUAAGCAACAAAAUAUAUUUAUUAUUGAAUAUAACUAUUAUUAUCGAAUUUGGAGAUUUGGAUUUUGUAAGACUAAGCUCACCAUUAAAAUAUGAAUUUAUUAAAUACACCGCGUUUGAAAAAAGAACUAGGGCAAUUACUUGACAAACCCCCAUUUGGAAUGAAGGUGAACGUAAAAGAAGGAUCAACUUCUGUUUUAGAAGCUGAACUCAGUGGACCUAAAGAUUCUCCAUAUGAAAAUGGAGUUUUUAAAUUGCAAAUAGAAUUACCAGUGAAGUAUCCAUUUGAACCUCCUAGAGUGACAUUCAUUACACCUGUUUAUCAUCCAAAUAUAGACAGUGGCGGCAGAAUCUGUUUGGACAUUUUGAAAAUGCCUCCAUCUGGUGCUUGGAAACCAUUAAUUACUAUAGAAGGCGUAUUGAUUGCCAUAUGCAAUCUAAUGAACUGUCCAAAUCCUAAUGACCCACUUGUACUGGACAUUGCAAAAGAAUUUAAGAAUGAUAAAGAAACAUUUGAAUCCAAAGCUAAACACUAUACUAAAGAACAUGCUAUUACAGUCAUCGAAUAAUUAUAUUUUAAUUUAAUAUGUUUAUAAUAUUCUACUAUUAUUUUAUAAGAUAAUAUUUCAGCCAACUGAACUUCUAGCAAGUAAAUUUCUAACUUACCUUUGAAUACUUUUCUUUAAUUAAUUAUUUAUUGUAAUUUAAAAUUGGUUUGAUAAAAAAUAUUGAACACUACAAG